CUCCGCCGCUUCUCGUCCCGCGACCGCACCGCACCGGCCGCUUCCAGUCCCAAACCCCAGGCGUUUGAAACCCUCCCUCGUCGCACCAUCUCUACGGCUACCCCCAUUCCCCCAGCCCAGCCCUCUCGCCCGCCCGCCCGCCUCCUCGGCGGAGCGGAACCCUGGAUCCCGGAGCCCUCGACGGAGAGGGUUUCGUCCUCGCCGGAGACCCGCCUCUCGACACCAGCACCAGCACCAUCACCACCGUCGCCCACGAGGUCCACACCUCCACGCGCGUCUGCGUCAGGUUUUUUCUGGCACACAAAAUGAAGUGCAAUGCUUGCUGGCGGGACUUGGAAGGGCAGGCCAUAUCAACAACAUGUGGCCAUCUGUUAUGUACGGAGGAUGCAAAGAAAAUACUCAGUAACGAUGGUGCUUGUCCUAUUUGUGAUCAAGUGCUCUCUAAAUCCCAUAUGAAGCAAAUUGACGUAAAUCCAAGCGAUGAAUGGACGAAUAUGUCAAUGACUGGAGUUUCUCCACAGAUACUUAUGAAAAGUGCAUACAGGAGUGUCAUGUUUUAUAUUGGACAAAAGGAACUGGAGAUGCAAUACAAGAUGAACAGAAUUGUUGGUCAAUGUAGGCAAAAGUGUGAACUUAUGCAGGCAAAGUUCAGUGAGAAACUGGAAGAAGUGCAUACUGCCUACCAGAAGAUGGCCAAAAGAUGUCAGUUGAUGGAACAAGAGAUUGAAAACUUGACGAGGGAUAAGCAGGAGCUACAAGAAAAAUUUGCAGAGAAAUCUAGGCAGAAGAGGAAGCUUGACGAGAUGUAUGAUCAGCUGAGGAAUGAGUAUGAGUCUGUAAAACGUUCAGCCAUUCAACCUGCAAACAACUACUUCCCAAGAGCUCAGCCAGACAUGUUCUCGGGCAUGCCCAACAUAUUGGAUGGCGGCGACCCUCUGAGACAAGGAUCGAUUGAUCCUCCUGAAACCCCAGGGCGCAGAGACGAGGGGUGGGCUGCACAACCAAGGCAAAGACCCCAGACGUCUAGUCCGUUUGAGCUGUCUACAGGAUCUCCUGGUCAUAAUGCAGCACCUCCAAUGGAUAUGAGACCCAGACAGCCGCCACGGUCCGUGUUUGGAGCUAACAUGAACAAUUCUUCUGCAGCUCUGCGAAAUAUGAUAAUCUCACCAGUGAAGCGUCCUCAGCUUUCCCGUAACCGUCCACAGAUGUUCACGUUGUAGAGCUGGAAGAGCUGAGGAGACGUUCUGCUUCUGAAUCUGUCUUAACCUUGUCAUGGAAGUGAGGAAUUGUUCAGUGUAAAUUCUGUAAGACCAAUCUGUCUCACUCCCACCCUGUUGUUUGGCGUGUCGUCUCGCGUACAAGUGUUCUAGGAGAUCAGUCGGUUACAUAGUCGUGUCCUGGGUAUAUGAUCCUGACAUAAUCAAGAUAUAUAGAUGCAUUUCCUCCUGGUUGCAGUUACACGUGUAACCAAAUUACGGACGCAUGUUUAUGAUUCUGAAAUAACCACCGUGUAAUUUACUACUGCGACAGGGGAUCAGCCGCAUUUUGUUAUUGUAUUAUCUUGUUCAACU